UUGUAUACUGUGAAAACAAAAUAAGAAUAAUAUAUUGGGAUUCUAAUUUUAAUUUUAUGUCAGAUCAGGGGCAGGGAAGUCAAAGAUCACAUUCACCUCAGCUACAUACAGUUGAUCUUGGGCCACAGGUUAUGAGGAUCUGUUUCCCACUGGAAGAAAUAUAUGCUAUAAUGGGAUAAAGUAAGUAACUUUAAAGGCAGCAUUAUUCCUUUGAUAAAAUACUGUAUUUCUGUCAAGUCCAGUCUAAGAAUGACAUAGAACAAUCCAUCCAAGGAUCAGUUCUCUAUUUGCUUACAUCCAAUAGGCAGAAUCUUGCCAGACUAAACCUUUGAUACUCUCACUCCAACAGAUAUGUCCUGGGAAAUUCUAAAAAAUGGCUAUCCUAAUUCUCUUCUUCUGUUUUCUAUCCACGUCUGGAUGGUGUUGCCUCUUGUUUCACUCCCUCCUUAGAAUGUGAUUCUUCCUAGUAGUUUCCUAGGAAACUACUUCACUGUAAUCCAUCACAACACCUCCCCCUUUGUAGGUACCAUCCCUUACAUCUUGACUAGAAUUAAAACAAAAAACAAAAACACCAGAAUCAGAGUUGUGGAGAAAACUCUUUAAGAAAUCAAGUUAGACAAUUACAAUGGCUUCUGUGGCAUUUCAAAGACUAUCAAAUAAAUUUUAUUUGAUUUCAUGGAAUGAAAACUGCUAAAAUGUUAUUAGCCUAUAAGAUACCACAUUUUUUGCCUCCCUAACUGCCACGUGUAGAAAAUCUCUUCUCAGAAUCAGAUCCAAAAGUGCUUGGCUAAGAGAUUUCUGAUAGAGCAGAAUGGACUUACCGAUGGAGAGCAGGAUAAGGCAUUUGAUGAACUGCAUUGCUCAAGUAAGCAUCCAAAGAAGGGCUGCAAUAUAUGUAUACCAGGUGGGUGGUAACUGUUGAUAGUAAGCCAUCAAAAAAACAUUGGUGGCAUGUGAUUCACCUCUUUGGUUGACACAGUGGUGCGGAUUCCGCUGCCUGCAUUUCACCACCUCCUGUUUGACUUGGUUCUUCACGUCUUUAGAACAGGACUGCAGGAUAUUUUCAGUUACUAGGUUAGUUGGGGGGGGGUGUCACAGUUCUUGAUUUUUGGCCCCCUUGCUUUACAAGGUGAUUUUACAUACAAUUAUAGCAUUAUCUGAGCAGAAUAAUAUUACUCAGUAAUAUGAACAUUAGUGUGGGUGGAGAGGGGCUUGGAUUUCCUCAUUGCAUAGCAACAUGUCUUCCUAAAACCCUGCCUGCUCUCUUUUAAAAAAGGGGGAAAGUUAGCUAUCAGACACAGAUCUAAAGUUUUUCCAGUUGAGAAUGUUUUCCUUGCCUCUCUUAAUCUUCCUUCUCUUUCUCUAAGGAGUGACAGGCACUCUAAAGAUGUUGCUGUGCAUGGACUGAGUUUUAGAUCAAACUGUUGAAAAUUAACUGAAGAGGCUGGAAGCUGAAGAGAAGUCUAAGAUGUUUGCCCAUUGUGCUGGGAUUCUUCUACUUGUCUUGCAUGCAGCUGAUUCACAGGGUAAUGAAGUAAAAACAAUUGAGGUCCCUUUUGGAGGAACGGUAAAUAUCAGCUGUGAAAUUUCAGAUGAGGCUUUACCAUGGGAUGUGACCUGGUACAAGGAAGGACAAAACAAAAACCUUUGCAAGAUUGAUCAGGAUGACAAGAACUUGAAAGGAGAGCAAAAGUAUAAUCUGAUUAUCAACAAUGCACAAAGGAAUGUCUCUGGUAUUUAUAUCUGUGUUGUAAAUCAGGAACCCAGCAUACUACUCAUGCACAGGACAAGAGUGAUAAUCACAGAAACUUUGAAGCCAAAUCUUUCCAUCCUUGUUCCAUCCAUCUUGCCGGAUGGACCUCUGAAGCAUGAUAUUCCUCUGCUCUGUACCCUUUUCAAUGUUAACCCUAAUUCAAAUACUGUCAUUUGGAAUAUUAAUGAAAAAAAUUAUCAAGAUAAAAUGGAUGUUGACAUGAUAGAUGGGCAAGGAGCUUUCGGUAUUUUGAGCUUGAAACUGAUUCCCCCGGAGGACUGGCAGCCAGAAAUGUCGUAUAGUUGCUCAGACCCAGGAAACAUGACCAUGCUGCAAUCUUCACAACAGGAAGUGUCCUCAAAUAGGAAGCAUCACAGAUCAAAGAAGCAGAACUAAGUGGGAGAAGGUUAAAUGUGGCUUAAAGGGUUUGAGAGUUUUGCAUAAUAAAUAGAAAAUGGAAAGACUCACAAAGAAGAAAGUGAAUUUAAAGGCUCAACAUGAAGAACAGAAGUGCUUAUGUUAAUAUCCAACCUUUACUUCUAAUAUGUCCCUAUGAUUUAUAGUCCACAAGUGUAUAUUAAAGACUCAACUGCAUUUUCCAUAAUUCCAUGAGAAGAAAAGGCACUGGCUUUACUGUAAAGUAGUUUGAGCUUUAUCUUAGCAAUUAUCUACAUGUUGGGGUGCCUGCCAGUUUUUAUACUAUUCAAAUGUUCAAAUAUUUCUCCUUUAUUAUAUCCAGCAAUAGAGCGAUGUGGUGGCCUAGAGGUGGAGUUCUCACCUCACAAUCAGCAAGCUAUGAGUUCAGUCCUAGGUAGCUAUAGAUAUUUCUCUCUUUGGGCUCAAUGAGUAAUUGUCUGCUGGGAACUCCGCACAGGAAGGGCUCUGUUCAGUUGCCCCAACUCUACCCCAAUGCAAGGGAUUACAAGGUCAUUAAAAGAAAAAAAAGUAUCCAGCAAUAAUACUGUACUUAGGCACAUUAUAAAAUUAGUAACAUGGCUACUGUGAACACUUCCUCUAUGCCACUCAAAUUAGUUGUCAUAAAGAUCUUUAUUUAUUUAUUUAUUUAUUUAUUUACAAAUAUUUAUAUGCCGCCCAAUCCCAAAGGACUCUUCAUUUUAUCUUAGCAAAAUCCUUAGGAGUAGCUGUAUCUAGCCUUUCUAGGUCUUUUGCUAGAAAUACAAAAAUUCAAAAGAAGUUCAUUCCAGAUCAGAUCAUGCAGCUUGUCAAUUGUUAUUUUCUCUCUCUCUCAUAUUUCUGGGUCUGUAGAUGAAUGUUCUGUUUUCUGCUUGCAAGUCUAUCAUUUCCCCAGCUAUCCUAAUACGGCACCUAUUUUUUAAAAGUAAGUCCCUCACCUAUAUUUUGAAGUCAUAAAUCUUAAUAGUUGUGAACCAUGCCUGAAGAUCCAUCCUUUUGCCAAGA